CGUCUGGAUCCUCUUCCUGCUCAGCUCGCUGCGGGGCCGCCCGCCCCCUCAGGCCCGGGCCCCGCUGCCCGCAGGGAAGCAGCUGGGCCCUGGGAAGUCCCUGCCUGGCUCGGAGAGGAAGAAGAGGAAGGGCACGAAGCCGAGCUCUGUCCCUCUGCGGGCAACCCAGGUGCAGCUCCACAAGAAGCCCAGGGGGACAAGCCUGCGUGGGGCUGCCCGCACACAGGAGCUGAUGUCGGGCGGCCGCAGGGAGAGGUCCCGGAUGGCGGAGGAGAGCUCGAGCGGCAGCAGCGGGUCCCCCAGCCCCGGGGACACGCUGCCCUGGAACCUGGCCAAGCACCAGCGCAGCAAGCGCAACAAGGCGUCCGCGGGCAACGGCACCGUGCUGGACCCGGCCGAGCGCGCCGUGAUCCGCAUCGCAGAUGAGCGUGACCGGGUGCAGAAGAAAACCUUCACCAAAUGGGUCAACAAGCACCUCAUCAAGCACUGGCGAGCGGAGGUACGUGGCUCCUUGCGCGCACGCUGUCGGGCAGUGCUGCGCCCACUGCUUCCCUGCAUGGCUCGCUCUGUCCUGUGCCCCUCUCCCGGCCCUGCCGUGUGCGGGGCCGGGGCCCAGUGUCUGGGCAGCUUCGGGCCGGAGCCCGUGGACGGUUCCAAGUUGUUUGCCCUGCUGGGGGGUGACCCUGUGGGCCGUGGUGCUUUGUGCCACGUGUGUGUAUGUGUGUGCGCGCCUGUGUGCAGGGGUGAGUGUGCACACAUGGGUGUGAGUAUGUGUGCACAUGUUCAUGCAUGUAUGUUUGUGAGUCUGAGUGUGCGUGCAUGUAUGAACAUAAGCAUGUGUACAUGCAGAUGAGUGUGUGAGAGCAAGUGCGUGUGUGUGCAUAUUUCUGAACAUAUGCGAGGAUGUGUAUGUGCACACGUGUUGGUGCGUGCAUGAGCAUAAAGAUGCGUGUGCACGAGUAUGCGUGUGUGUGUACGCGCGUGUUUGCGAAUGUGUGUGAGCAUGUGCGCGCGGAGGGCGCUGGCCGCCCGGCGUCGGCAGCCUCGCUGUGGGGGCUGCAUUGAGCUGGCGCGCGGGGCAGGCGGGCGCUGGGCCCCGGCCCGGGGGGUGCGUGUGUGGCGCUGGCACUAAC